AUGGAGGAGCUCGAGGAGGAGAUCCUCAUCCGCUUCCCGCCGCACGAGCCCGCGCUCGUCUGCAAGCGCUGGCGCCGCCUCGUCUCCGGCCCCGCGUUCCGCCGCAGGUUUCGCGAGCUCCACCGCACGCCGCCCAUGCUGGGGUUCCUCUGCAACAUCGUCGAGGACGCCGGCAGUUACUGCUUCGUGCCCACAGCGGGCGCCUUCCGCGCGCCGGGCGCCGACCUUUGCCAGUGCCGCGCGCUCGACGCCCGCCACGGCCGUGUCCUUCUCAAGUGCCCCGGGAGUUCAGAGGGCGCCCUCGUGGUCUGGGACCCCAGCACCGACGAGAAGCUGGAGCUGUCCAUUGCCGUCUUGGGGCGGUACGCGUACAACUGGACUGCGGCGAUUCUCUGCGCCGCCUGCGGCACCUGCAACCACCUCGAUUGUCACCAUGGACCCUUCCUCGUGGUUUAUGUAGCCUGUGGUGGUUCUAGGGAGGCGUUCAUCUGCACCUAUUCAUCCGAUGCCGGUGGACUAGCAUUAGCCACCGUACAUGAAUACAAGCUCUGCAUUUGGAGGAAGGCUGGUCGUGAAGAUGAUGCGGGGUGGACACAAAAUAUGGUCAUUGAGCUUGAGUCGCUGCUCCCUAGGGAUGCCAUCUUGGCCUCACCUAAUGUGGUUGGCUUCGCAGAUGGUAUUGGUGUAAUUUUCUUAAGUGCAUGCUGUGCGCUCUUCACAAUUGAUCUAAAUACCUAUAAAGCGAAGAAGGUUUUCAAGGGCAAAAGCAUAUACGUCGCCAUUGUGUACAUAAACUUCUACACUCCAGGUACAGCUUUACUUGGUUCUAGUUUUACAGUAUUCACAAUGAGUAAUAAUUUAGGUGCUGGAUUGGAAUUUGGGCAAUAG